AUGUAUAGGUCUCUUCUGAAUUCAGGUCUCAAGCGCUUCGAAGAUAGCGAUGACGAAACCGUGGAGCUAUUUGCGUCAUUCCGAGCAUGGUUCGACUUCAUUUUAUACCUAAGCGAAGCGUCUGGGUCUCCUAGGUUGAGUUCUGGAAGGACAGACAAAGAACGCAGUCCAGGGUCAGGCGUGCAGCUCUAUUUUGAUAUUUGCCAGGCGGACCGGGAAGACGCUGCGGAUGUGCUUGAACGUGGCUAUGGUGGGGAGGUCCAGGGAAGACAAGGUCUGGUCGAGCUUGCACGGCAUAUUAGGUCUACGAAACGCGACCUGCACCUCGUGAGGAACCACUCUCUAUGCAUUCUCGACAAGGACAACAUGAUUGCCGUCACGGAUUAUUGGUGCCAGGAGGGCGACGAAGUCUUCGUGUUCCCGGGUACAGACAGCCCGUUUGUGCUGCGGAAACAGUCUGACGGGGAUUGCUAUCGCCUAGUUGGGCCUGCAGUGGUUGAUCGCCUCUUCAGGGUAGGAUAUCAGGAUUGGCGGUCUGAAGGGGACGACUUGCAGGACAUCGUGCUUAUUUGA